CUUCCUCUGCAGAGAUCUCAAUCUGGGCCCUCAGUUCCCGCCCCAGAAAGACAGAGACUCGGAGACCUGGCCCCACGUUCCUUGCUCCAAAGGGCAGGCAGACCAGACUGAAAAUAGCAACUGCUUCCAAAAAGAUAAAGCCCUGGGAGGUGACUGAGAGUGGAGAGGACUCAAGGGGGAUGAGUCCAGCAGAGUACCCCACUCCUUUGAAGAGCUCAGAGGAAGAUGUCAGCCCAGUCUCUUCCUGCAGCAACGCCCCCUACCCAGAAGCCCCCUCGGAUCAUCCGCCCCCGCCCCCCUUCUCGGCCCCGGGCUGCCCAGUCCUCAGGGACCCACCACAACGGCUCCUCUCCGCAAGAACCUCCCUUCGCCGCCAAUGAUGCACUAGCCCCGAUGUGCACGCCCAUCUUCUGGGAGCCCCCCGCCUCGGCCCUCAAGCCUCCAGCCCUUCUGCCUCCAUCAGCUUCUAAAGCCAGUCUCGACUCCCAGACUUCCCCAGACUCGCCUUCUGGCACCCCCAGCCCGACAUCCCGGCGCUCCAUCUCCCCAGAACCUGCUCCUCGGUCUCCAGUCCCCCCACCCAAGCCCUCCGGGUCACCCCGCACGCCUCUGCCCCUGGUUCCCGAGGCUCCAGUCCCGGCCCAGGAUGGCUCGUCCUCGGCCCCAGGCACUGUGCGGAGACUGGCUGGCAGGUUUGAAUGGGGGACUGAAGGCAGGGUCCAGGCUGAGGAGGCCCUGGAGCCGGGUCCCCCAGGGGCAGUGGAUGUGAAUGGGGAGAGAGAGACUCCCCAGGCCGUCCUCACUGGGAGCGGGCCCCAGGAGAAUGGCACUUCAGAUGCUGCGCUGGCCUGCCCUCCCUGCUGCCCCUGUGUCUGCCGUACCCGGCCUGGUCUGGAGCUCCGAUGGGUGCCUGUGGGGGGCUAUGAGGACGGCCCCAGGGUCCUGCGGGCCUCCCCAUUGCGGACCUCCCGCUCCCGCCCCAGCCCGCCAAGCCUCAGCCACCCCUCUGUUGUCCUCACGUCCUACCGCUCCACUGCCGAGCGCAAACUCCUGCCGCCCCUCAAACCCCCCAAACCAGCUCGGGUCAGACAGGACGCCACUGUCUCUGGGGACCCGUCACAGCCAGAUCUCGAUCUGCCCUCUGAAGAUGGCAUCCAAGCAGGGGACAGUCUUGAUGGCACCCCUCAGAACGAUGCUCCAGCAACGACGGAGGGCAGGGAUGAAGAGGGGCUGGAGGAGCUCAAGGAGCAGAACUGGGAGCUGCCCCUGCAGGAUGAACCCCUGUACCAGACCUAUCGAGCAGCCGUGCUGUCAGAGGAGCUGUGGGGGGUCAGUGAGGAUGGGGUUCCCUCUUCCACAAAUCCUGGAGACGCUCCCACCUUUGCCCGGCCCCGACCUCGCAACACAUUGUGGCAGGAGCUUCCGGCUGUGCGAGCCAGUGGCCUCCUGGACACCCUCAGCCCCCAGGAGAGGCGCAUGCAGGAGAGCCUCUUCGAGGUGGUGACAUCGGCCUCCUACCUGCGUUCCCUGCGGCUGCUGACAGACACCUUUGUGCUGAGCCAGGCUCUCCGGGACACGCUCACCCCCCGGGAUCACCACACCCUCUUCUCCAACGUGCAGCGAGUUCAGGGAGUCAGCGAGCGGUUUCUAGGGAAGUUACUGUCCCGUGUGCGCUCUUCCCCCCACAUCAGUGACCUGUGCGAUGUGGUCCAUGCCCACGCCGUGGGGCCUUUCUCCGUGUAUGUGGAUUACGUACGAAACCAGCAAUAUCAGGAGGAGACCUAUAGUCGCCUGAUGGACACGAAUGUGCGCUUCUCCGCGGAGCUGCGGCGGCUGCAGAGCCUCCCGAAGUGCCAGCGACUCCCGCUGCCCUCCUUCCUGCUGUUGCCCUUUCAGCGCAUCACUCGACUCCGCAUGCUGCUCCAGAAUAUCCUGCGCCAGACAGAGGAGGGGUCCAGCCGCCAAGAGAAUGCCCAGAAAGCCCUGGGUGCUGUCAGCAAGAUCAUUGAGAGGUGCAGUGCUGAGGUUGGGCGCAUGAAACAGACAGAGGAGCUGAUCCGGCUCACCCAGAGGCUGCGCUUCCACAAGGUCAAGGCCCUGCCCCUGGUCUCCUGGUCGAGGCGCCUGGAGUUGCAGGGGGAGCUGACAGAGCUGGGAUGCAGGAGGGGGGGCAUGCUCUUCGCCUCACGCCCACGCUUCACCCCCCUCUGCCUGCUGCUCUUCAGUGACCUGCUGCUCAUCACUCAGCCCAAGAGUGGGCAGCGGCUACAGGUCCUGGACUAUGCCCAUCGCUCCCUGGUCCAGGCUCAGCAGGUUCCAGACCCAUCCGGACCCCCUACGUUCCGCCUCUCCCUUCUCAGCAACCACCAGGGCCGCCCCACCCACCGGCUACUCCAAGCUUCCUCCCUAUCAGACAUGCAGCGCUGGCUCGGAGCCUUCCCUACCCCAGGCCCCCUUCCCUGCUCCCCAGAUACCAUCUAUGAGGACUGCGACUGUCCCCAGGAACUCUGCUCAGAGCCUUCCACACCCACCAAGGCUGAGGGAAGGAAUCUGGAGUCCAGGGCUCCCCCAAAGCACCUACAUAAGAGCCCUGAAGGCUGGCUGAAGGGGCUUCCUGGGGCCUUCCCUGCCCAGUUGGUGUGUGAAGUCACAGGGGAACACGAAAGAAGGAAACACCUUCGCCAGCACCAGAGACUCCUGGAGGCUGUUGGACCCUCUUCGGUCUCCCCCAAUGCCCCGCCACCAUAAUUCGGGCCUUGAAGAUGGUGGCACAAGUUGGGACAGCUGGCAGCGCCCCAGAAAAGACAAAGCCCAUCCUCCAUUGGAUUCGCUGCCAGUGGAAACGCUACCUCUAGUGGCAACCAAUAGGAAUCAAGCUUCUAGACUGGGCAGCCAAUGAAAACAGGGCCGUCUGAGCCCACGCAUGAGGGAGAAUGAAGAUGGCUUGAGUGGGCUGCCAAUGGAGACAGAGGCUUAGUGCAGAGCGGCCAAUAGGUGCUGAGCUGGCCGAGCCCCUGGCCAAUGAGUAUCCUUGCUACUGCUCACAGCCAAGGAGGAGGAAGCCAGGUCACUACAGUUAAAAGAGGCUGCAUUGGAGAUAAAGUCCUAAAAUAAAAUAGCCAACAGCAACGAGUAGGGACACAUCCAGGCGAAGAAGGUGGUGAUCUGGGCCCAAGAGACCAGUAGGAACCUUGCUUGGUGCUCUAGCAAAGACUGUUUUGCCUUGAGUUCGGCAAGUAUUCGAUUCUGUUCCUGGGGUGCUUCCGAUGUCCUCUUAAGACACUUCCUCUCUUCUGGAAGAAUCCAGUGUGUCUCAGAGAAUUCGUGUGUGUGCACAUAUGUGUCUCUCUCUAUAUAUAUAUGUAUCAGGGAAGGUGGUUCUGCUGAACAUGAUGUGUGUGUGGUCUUGCUCCCCUCCUGGUGCUCUGUUUUCCCCCUCACCCCCAUUUUUCCUAUUAGUCUCCUCAAGAAAGACACUAGGUCUGAGCUCCAGAGGAGAAUGUGCUGGAUGGGGCUUGGCAGCCACAGGUCAGAGCUGGGAAUGAGAGGCCUGGGUUCCGUGACUGUUGAGGAGGAUGUUAUGGCUAGCCAGGCAGCCUGGCAGAGGGAGUCUGAGGGACCGAAAAUGGCCAGUACCUGAGGUCCGAGGUCCCCUGAAACCUGCACGGCCUUCUCCUUGACCAAAUCUUGGCCUCCAUAAUCCCUGCCUGCCAAUCCUCCAAUCUGAACUAUAACCAGCCUUCCAGCCUCAGCCUCGGACCUCAGACUGGCUCUGGGUUACAGGUUUGGGUGAAGAAACAGGGGCUGUGGAUCUCGGGCCAGCUGCUGAGCCUCCAGGGCUUUCUUGCCUUCAUACUGGUGCUCUCACAGCAAUCCUGGGCCAAGCCACGGGGAGAGAACAGAGAGCCAAUGUUGCUGUCUAGCCCCACCCAGAGCAUCUGCUUCUGGAUGAGAAACUGCCUCUGCACAAUGCCAGAAGGGGGUGAGGGACAGAGACAGUAGAGCAGACAGUUGCUGACAAGUGGCCGCCUGGGCCUGGCACAAGGCUGCCCCUGAACUUGGCCAUCAUACCUUCCCUUCAGCUCAUGUAUGGCAACUUGUCCAGGACAGAAACUGCCAUACCAGCCACAGGAGGUGCAAGGACUCUGGGAGGCUCAGAGGGAGAAAGGCACUAGCCUUUGGCAUGUCCAUGGCUUUGGAGCUUCACCCAGCGUGGUGCCUGGCAUAUGAGAAACCCUCAAUAAAUGUUGCUGGAGCUGUAUUGAGGCUCUCCCCGGGA